CGAAAGUCAGUCUAGACAAAAGUGAUGUGUGAACUUGCAAUUGCUAAUAAGAACUUGUGUUAUGAGAGCUCUCGUGUCUUCUGUAGCGAAAACAUUAGUGUGUGUACCUACCGGAAGUCACAAUUAUCUGGAUAACUACAUCAUCCAGAUCGUAUUCGUGCACGUAGUUGGAUUACUGGCCACAGUGGGGACUCGGUAAAGACGUUUCUCCGUGAAUAAGGUUAACCCAUCCAGCUGUCUGCUAUCUGCACCUGAUUUCGUGAACGAUUUAACUUUUGAGGAAUGUCGAGCGAGACACCAUCGAACCUGGUGCGUAAGAAUUAAUUCGGCAUUUUAUUCACCAUUACGACACCGUCAUGCCAGGAAUGCAGCUCGCGCGGACUUGUCUGCGGACGUGGACCGUCGCCAGCUCCUUGGUUCUGGCGCGUUCUCUCACGUGUGCGAGUUUGUCAACUUCUGCUGUUGCGUUUAAGGUUAAUAAGGACGAUCUCAAGGAGAGAUUGACGCCCAUGCAGUACCAUGUGACCCAGGAGAAAGGAACGGAAAGGGCCUUUACGGGAGUGUACACGAACAACAAGGAGCCUGGCACCUACCACUGCGUUGUGUGUAAUGAAGUCCUGUUUUCAAGUGGCUCUAAAUACAACAGCGGAUGUGGUUGGCCAGCGUUUUCCGAUGUGCUUGAUAAAAGCAAAGUGGUCUUGACGCCGGAUCUCUCCUUGGUCGGAAGGAAUAUUCUCUUAUUGGCUAUCAAUCCAGGAAUGGAACGGACAGAAGUGACGUGCAAGAAUUGUGGAGCACAUCUGGGCCAUGUCUUCGACGACGGACCUCAGCCCACGGGUCAACGCUACUGCAUCAACUCCUGUGCUUUGAACUUUGCCAAGAAGGAAGGCUAAAACUGGAAAUGGGACACAUCUGGGCUGCAGCUUUUCGUGAUUACUUUUAGUACCUUUUUGUGCAGUGCUUUCUCUUUCGACAUGCCAGGCUUUAUACAGGUUUUGUUGAGCUUCGAAAAAGCUGCCGGAUUUUGUUAUUGUUUAAGCUGACGGUUUUUACAAACUCGGCGUAAAAACCGCCUCUUUAUUGCGGGUUAUUUUCCGAUUUACAACAGUUUUAAUUGUCAUUCUGUACUUGUAUUUAUCACCUUUUUUAAAUAUAUUUGUGGAACAUCGUUGUGUUGUUCGAAACUUGAGCUGCUUUGCAUGUCUCCAACAUUGACAGGAUGUAUAUAUCGCGAUUACAAAACAGUAGCAAACAUUCUCAUGCUCCUCAUCUGUAUACAGAGUAGUUAUUGCACAGUUUUGGAAGAAUAGACAAACUUUCAUGAA